AUUUAGACAAAGAUCUGUAUUUAUCUCAGUUUCUCUUUCUCCUCCGAAUCUUCCUCUUUUUCCUCGUCUUGUAAAUUACGGAGAAAGUUUCAUCCUGUUGAAAUGAACAAGCCUGGUGAUGUGGUCCUCGGUGGGCUAUUUGAGGUCCACUACAGCUCUGUUUUCCCUGAGUGGACAUUUACCUCAGAGCCACAACAGCCCACCUGCAAAGGAUUUAAAACUCUAGGUUUUAGGCAUGCCAUGACCAUGGCCUUUGCUAUUGAUGAGAUCAACAAGAACUCCAAUCUGCUCCCUCAUGUGUCUCUGGGCUACAGUCUUUCUGAUAACUGUGGUGCACUUGUUAUUGGAUUAAGUGCUGCAUUAUUGCUUGCAAGUGGGCGAGAGGAGCAGUUUCUGCUUCAGCAGAACUGUUUUGGGACCCCCCCAGUCCUGGGGAUUGUUGGUGAUGCCCCCUCUACAUUUUCUAUUGCCACCUCCGACGUACUAGGUUUAUACAAAAUGCCCAUUGUGAGUUAUUAUUCCACAUGCUCCUGCCUGAGUGAUCAGCAACGGUUUCCAUCCUUCUUUAGAACAAUCCCAAGUGAUGCUUUCCAGGUAUGGGCUAUGAUUCAGAUUCUAAAACACUUUGGCUGGACUUGGGUAGGCCUCCUGGUCAGUGAUGAUGAUUAUGGACUCCAUGUUGCCCGGUCCUUCCAAUCUGACCUCACUCAGUCUGGUGGAGGAUGUCUGGCCUACUUAGAGGUCUUACCCCGGGACGGUGAACAAACUGAACUCAGGAGGAUUGUACAUUUGAUUAAGACAUCAACAGCUCGUGUGGUUAUGGUGUUUGCAAAUGAGUUUGAUCUGAUUCAUCUAAUGGAAGAGGUGGCAAGACAGAAUGCGACUGGCCGGCAGUGGAUAGCAAGUGAAGCUUGGACAGCAUCGACUGUGCUCCAUACACCUCGCCUCAUGCCGUACCUGAGGGGCACACUGGGCAUCGCCAUUCGUCGAGGAGAGAUACCAGGCCUCAGGGAGUUCCUUUUGAAAAUACGACCUGACAACAGUGACAAUGACAACCAAGGAAAUAAUAUGGUGCGACAGUUUUGGGAAUCCACAUUUCAAUGUAGAUUUGAUCCAGCAGGUUUGGUGGAAGCUGGAGGAGCACUGUGCACUGGACAGGAAGACAUUGAAAUGGUGGGGACUGAGUUUUUUGAUGUGUCUGACCUCAGGCCUGAGUAUAAUAUCUACAAAGCUGUGUAUGCUCUUGCGUAUGCACUCGAUGACAUGCUGCAGUGUGAACCAGGGAGGGGUCCUUUCAGCGGGCACAGCUGUGCCACUUUACAAAAACUGGAGCCAUGGCAGCUUCUGCAUUAUUUGCAAAGGGUCAAUUUCACCACAAAUUUUGGUGAUCAAGUAUCAUUUGAUGAGAAUGGUGAUGCCUUACCAAUCUAUGAUAUUGUCUACUGGCUGUGGCUCCCUGAUGGAAGAACUGAAAUUCAGCAUGUGGGUGAGGUUAAAAGGUCGGAUUCCAAAGGUGAAGAACUCACAAUUGAUGAAGACAAAAUCUUCUGGAACUUUGAAUCGAACAAGCCUCCCCGGUCAGUGUGCAGUGAGAGCUGCCCACCAGGUACUCGCAUGGCCAGAAAGAAAGGGGAACCUGAGUGCUGUUUUGACUGCAUCACAUGUUCUGAGGGAAAGAUCAGCAAUGAGACUGAUUCCAUGGAGUGCACCAGUUGUCCAGAGGACUUCUGGUCCAGCCCCGAGCAUGACCACUGUGUACCUAAGAAAAUUGAGUUCCUCUCCUACCAUGAGCCUCUGGGUAUCUGCUUGACUGCUGCAUCAUUGCUGGGUACAUGUAUCAGUGCUGUUGUCCUGGGGGUCUUCACCUAUCAUCGCAGCACACCCAUGGUACGAGCCAACAAUUCAGAACUGAGUUUCCUGCUUUUGGUAUCACUUAAGUUGUGUUUCCUGUGUUCACUGCUGUUUAUCGGCCGUCCCAGACUGUGGACAUGCCAGCUGAGACAUGCAGCAUUUGGGAUCAGCUUUGUGCUUUGUGUCUCAUGCAUCCUGGUGAAAACCAUGGUGGUUCUGGCUGUGUUCAAGGCCUCCAAGCCAGGAGGUGGAGCCAGUCUGAAGUGGUUUGGUGCUGUGCAGCAGAGGGGGACAGUAAUGGUUCUUACUUCUAUCCAGGCAGCAAUUUGCACAGCCUGGCUUGUCUCUUCCUCACCAACUCCGCAUAAAAACACUAAAUACCACAAUGAUAAGAUUGUUUAUGAGUGUGUUGUUGGGUCCACAGUUGGUUUUGCAGUGUUACUUGGCUAUAUUGGCUUAUUGGCUAUCCUUAGCUUCCUGUUAGCAUUUCUGGCAAGGAAUCUUCCAGACAACUUCAACGAGGCCAAGCUCAUUACUUUUAGUAUGCUGAUCUUCUGUGCUGUGUGGGUGGCCUUUGUCCCUGCUUAUGUCAACUCUCCAGGUAAAUAUGCAGAUGCAGUGGAGGUGUUUGCCAUCCUGGCCUCCAGUUUUGGCCUCUUGGUAGCACUGUUUGGACCCAAAUGUUACAUAAUCCUGCUGAGACCAGACUGGAACACAAAGAAAGCUAUAAUGGGUCGAGGAAAAUCCAGCUCAUAA